ACAGGCGGGUGGACUCCUUCCCAAGUUACUGUCCGUCUUCUCUGUGCGCGGAUCCAGACCUCUUCCCUGAAAAUUACGUUUGGCGUCGGGGCCCAUGAGACCCUUCGCGGAGGAAGAACUACACAAUGCUCCGAGGAACGAUCGUGUCCUUUGCGGGGCUAGCAAGCCGGAGGACUACAUUUCCCAGGAUGCCUUUGGCGGCUGAGAGGCGCCGCGCGAGGGCAGGGUUUCGGCCCGGGGCGAGCGCGCAGCGCUUAAAAGAGGGCAGCCGCGCCGGGCGAGCCUGCGUUCACCGAAGCGACCCGGGGAGAUGGCGAGGCUGCUCGGGUGGCGCUGGAAGCUGGGCGCUUGCGCCUUCCUCAGCCUCUUCUGCCCGUCGGUGUUCUCCUUCGUGCUGCCGCGGAGCGAGAAUGACAGGCCGAUCAUUGGAAUCGUGGCCCAGGAAUCUAUCUCCAAAAUCUUCAAAAGAUUUGGAAGUUCUUAUAUUGCUGCUUCAUAUGUAAAGUUUCUUGAAUCUGCUGGAGCACGAGUAGUGCCAAUAAGAUUAAAUCGCUCAGAUGAAGAGUACGAAAAGAUUUUCCAUUCUAUUAAUGGGAUUCUUUAUCCUGGAGGGGCUGUUAGCCUUGAGACUUCUGAGUUUUCCAGGGUUGCAAAAAUAUUCUACAAUAAAGCAUUAGAGGCUUAUGACUCAGGAGAUUAUUUUCCAGUGUGGGGUACAUGCAUGGGACAUGAAUUGCUCACCUUUCUCACUAGUGGGGAAAACCUACUCACAUGGACUAAUACAAAUGGCUUUUCAUUGCCGCUGAAUUUUACUCAAGGUGCUAAGGGGAGCAGGAUGUUUAAGCAUUUUCCAGAUGAUGUGUUGCAAGCACUGACUUCUGAGCCUGUCACUUCACACUUUCACUUCUGGAGCCUUUCCGUACAGAAUUUCACAGAGAACAAGAAAUUGAGCAGUUUCUACAAGAUCUUGACAACAAAUGUUCACAAUGACAUAGAGUUCAUAUCAACCAUGGAAGCUUAUAAAUACCCUGUUUAUGGUGUCCAGUGGCAUCCAGAGAAAAAUCCGUUUGAAUGGAAGAUCUCACCAGGCAUACCACACUCCCAGUCAGCUAUCAAAGUAGCAUUUUUCACCGCUGACUUCUUUGUCAGUGAAGCCCGGAAGAGCAGCCAUCGCUUUUUCAGCAAAGAAGACGAGACCAAUGCCCUGAUUUAUAACUUUAACCCCGUAUUCACUGGGAAAAACCAUUCCUUCGAGCAAGCGUAUUUUUUUGAUUAAAUUUCCAACCAGAAGUAUGGCAGUGGAGAGUUUCAAAAAUUAUGUGUAGUGGGAUCCAGAAUCAUCUGAUGGAAUGCAUCAAAAAAUCAGAUCACUUACAGCUGCUUCUGAAUUUUCUUUCUUAAAAAAAAUUUUUUGCAAUCCUUUCUGUAGAAUCAUACUCUUUUUUUUCUGAAAUGGCAUAAUCUGCUAGACAGGACUCCUGCAACAGCUUCAUGGGCGUGAAUAGCAUUUGUGUAAGAACACUGUAGCAAUGUAGUCCAUGAAGCUGGCAGCCUGAAUCGCUGUUCAGGGGAGAGAGAGAGCAGAAUUCUUGGUUCCAAGGAAAGUCCAGUCAAUACAAAUGAGGCAGGAACCGUGCUUGAUGGCUUUUCACUUAUAGGAAACCUGUGCCCUCCAGCUGUCAUUCCCAUCAUCCUCUACCAGUCCUAUGCUAUCCGGGAAUUAUGAAUGUUGCCAUCCAACAGCAUAUAGAAAGUAAGGCACUCUGUUGAUUUUAGUCUUAACCAGAGUGGGCAAAACAUGUCCAAGCACCCACCCACCCCAUACACAUUAUAGGAUGGAAGGGCUUUUCCAUUAGGGGAAAAAUUGUUAAAGAACAAAAUAUUUUUGGGAUGUGUGAUUGAGUGUUGGUUCCGUGCAAUCCUUGGAUCUCUGAGACCAUAGCUCUAAACCUUGCAAAGCACACAGAUCUGAUCCAGCAGGAUUGUAUACUUGGGGCACUACUGAGACAUCUCAAGAUCUCAUUUGAUAUGGCAGAUAGUAUAUAAAUAUAUUAAUUCAUAUAUUAAAUAAAAUGUGAUUAAAUACUAAUAGCAUACUUAUAUAUGCCAACAAUGGGUGCAACAUAAUAUGUGGUGUGGGACAUAUUCUUUUCCCCCAAAGGAGAAGCAUUUCAGGACUGUGUUUAGUUUUAUACAACAUGUGAGACCAUUUCCUUUACAUGUAUGCAGUAUCACUGGGAUGUAAAAUCUGGAACUACCUGUAAAUUUUGUUCUUAGAUUGGGCUCUGAUUGCACUGUUAGCACUUUUUAAAUUCUGCAGACUUCAUUGUGCCUAAAUGUAGAAAUUUUAUUUAUUUUUUAAAAAUAAAGAAGCUUCUUGUCAAAUGACUCAGGAGAAAAGCGUUCAUCUGUGAUUGAAAAAGACCCUAACGUAAUUGUUUCUGCUUAUUAAGAACUCUUACUACUAGAUGUAAACAUACUCAAACAAUCAAUCUUUCCAAGAUUUCUUCUUCCAAGAUUUCUUCUUGGAAGCACGGAAAGGAGUUCUGUGUAUGCUGACUCUCCUACGAGUCUUUAAGAGCCGGAGGAGUACUUCUUCUUGACUAUGAUUUGUGAUAGCAUUUUCCUGUAGUUGCCAGUUCUUUUAUAAGUACUCAGAUACAGACCUGCUGGGAUCAAAUCAAAAGACCUGGACGAGGAAAAGGACAUUGUCAUGCCUCUUUCGUCUGUUUAAUUCAAUUCAACCAUUCCAUCUUUAGGAUUUCAAAUAUCUCCUUGCAUGUAAGCAGGUGCCUUUUCAAAAAACUUUCUUUUAUAUUGUUAAAAGAAAGUUAAAACAACAUAAAACAAUUCAAUACUUUAAAUCCAUUUCAAACCAUUUGUAUUAUAACAACAUAUAUUAAAAA